AUGUGCCGUGUUAAAGGAGAGCUUGCAGAUAUGUUUUACGAGAGAUGGCUCCACGACCGCCAUCUGGAUUCUGUCUGUGUUUUACACAAUUGGAGAAUCAGCGAUCACCAUGUAGACAGGAUAAACGUUGAAAAUGCUGGGAAGAUUUCAUCAUUCGAAUUCAAUCCACAGUGGAGUGUGAAUCUCGAUGCGUACAGAUUCGUCGAGGAAACGUGGAGGACUACCGACGAAUGUAUGAGCGAUUGUGAUGGUUCUCCACGUAGCGACUAG